UGUCUUAUCUUCCUGUCCUGACGGAGAUUUCCUGUGUGCACCUGGGAAAUGUAUCCCCCGGGAAGCGAUAUGUGAUUUCAAGAUGGACUGUGACGAUGGUUCCGAUGAAGAGUUUUGUGGGUCGUGUGACUUUGAGGGUCACUCCUGUGGAUGGAAUGACACCAGUAAAGACCUCUACCGCUGGAGAUUGGAGAGGGCUAACGUGACGUCGGUUCCUGGACACGACCACACAACAGGGUCUCCCUGGGGUCAUGUCAUGGGUGUGAAUGGAACACAGGAAACAAGUAUUUUUUCCAAAGCCAUUUUGGAGUAUUAUGUUGACAAGCCUGGUGCUCUGGGAUGCCAGAUAAGGUUCUGGUACCACAUCCACGGUGAGCAUUCUAUAACCUUGCAGCUCUAUCUCAAAAUGGUCAGACAGACUAAGUUCAAGGAGCUUGUGAAGAUUUCAAAGGAUAGAACGAAUGGUUGGGAGAAUUCCACAGCCUUCCUUGGUAACCAACCGGGUGGUUACAAGCUGAUCUUCUCAUUCGACCCUCCCGUAUUAUAUCCCAAAGACGUCAUGCUGGAUGACAUCCGUUUUGAGAGCUGCUGGGAGGGGGAUGUGCCUGCAGGUUCGGACGUGCUCACCUGUGACUUUGAGAAGGACACCUGUGCAUGGUACAGAGACCACACUGCGGCCCUGAUGUGGGAGCGCUCCAAUAGGAACGGACCAGAAUAUGACCACACCAUUGGCAAAGGUUACUUUAUGUUUAUUGCUGCCAAGUCGGGCCUUAAUGCUUCAUCGACUGCUAGGCUUAUUAGCUACCCUCAGCAAGCAAGAGGAGCCCUCUGUGUCAGUUUCUGGUAUCACAUUUAUGGCACAAGCAUCGGCUCGCUGAAGUUCAUAACCAAACAAGCUGGAGAGCCAGAGUCUGUGGUGUGGAUGAGGAGCGGGACUCAGGGCCACAAAUGGCGCUUUGCAGAUCUCACCUUUUCUAGUGACACGCCAAUACAGUUGAUUCUGGAGGCUGUGGUGGGAGGCAGGAGUGGCAGCAUUGCCCUAGACGACGUGCAGGUGUACCACCGUGAGAACGCUUCCUGCCCAGCGGAGAGAGAGUGCACUUUCCAGGGCUCUCUCUGCGGCCUGCAGCCUGACUUAUCUACAGACUUCCCUUGGAGCAGGACCAGAGGCGCCCAGACUGCCAACGGUCCAAGCCCAGACACAGACCACACCCUGGGGACAGAGUUGGGGUUCUACCUGAGUGCCCAGCUCUGGAGGCAUCACAUCGGGACCAGAGGACGCAUAGUGACGGCGGUGAACGAGCCCACGCCUCACAGCGGCGAGUGCUGGAGCUUCUGGUACCACAUGGAGGGCAGGGCUGAGCUCAGGGUCUACCUCCAGACCCUGGGCAGCCCCAGCGGACCCACCAGCCUGCUGUGGAGCAGAGCAGGGGACCAGGGAGAGCACUGGAGACAGGCUAGAGCUACCGUCCUCAGUCCCAACACCCAGUACCAGGUCAUAUUUGAGGCCGUGGUUGGGGAGGGCUCCCAGAGAGACAUCGCCAUCGACGACCUCACUCUCCUGAACGGGCCCUGUCCAGAGCAAGGGUUCUGUGACUUUGAGAUGGACUACUGUGGCUGGGUGAACAGCCCCCCAGCGGGGUCGGGAGUGGAAUGGGACUGGCUCUCAGGCGGGGGGCGUUUCAUUCCCCCUGUGGACCACACCACCAACUCUGCCCUUGGACACUUUGUAAUCUUCAGUGCUGAUGGCGGAGAGGAGAAAGCUCAUCUUCAGAGUGAGAGGAUGGGGGUCGUGGACAGAGCAUGUCUGGUGUUCUGGUACCACAUGGAAAUGUGGUCGAGCGGUUUGGAGCUGUCGGUGUAUGUGAAUGAGACGGAGGGACUGAGGUCUGUGUGGAGCCAGGCUGGAGACAGGGGUAAAAUAUGGCACAGAGCAAUGGUAGACUACAAGACAACCGGGUCCCACCAGAUCGUAUUUGAGGCAACAAAUGUAAAAAAAGAGGAAGGCAGCAUCGCCCUUGACGAUGUCCACAUCCUGUUGAAUACGUCGUGUGCAGACCUGCUGCCCACCACCCCUCCUCCCCCCACCACCCCCGCCCCCACCCCACCCCCCUCUCCCAUGGACUGCAAUUUUGAACAAGGGUUGUGUAAGUGGGUUCAGGGGAGCAGCGAUGAUGUGGACUGGCUUCUUCACCAAGGAGCCCAGGUGGAUGAGCCCUGGGACGGCCCUCUGUACGACCACACUCUCAAGAACAAGCAAGGCUUCUACCUGCUGCUUAAUGGGUCAGGCACCAAGGAUGGCGAGGCUGCGGUCAUCUCCGUUCCCGUGGACGUCCAAACCACGGACGUCUGCGUGGGCUUCUGGUACUACAUGCUGGGAGUGUCUGUCUCCAGCCUGGACCUCCUGGUACAGGCGGGAUCGUCGAGGGCUGUGGUCUGGACACGGUCUGGCACUCAGGAUUCAGAGUGGGUGAAGGCUCAGGUCACCGUCAGUCACACAGACAUUCUGGAGGUGAUGUUUUCAGGCAGAAGAGAUACCCACAGUACUGGCUUUAUAGCCAUAGAUGAUCUCACAGUGAGGGAGGGGGGCUGUCUGGAGCAAAACCCUUGUGGUUUUGAGAGCUACACAUGGUGUGACUUUGACGUCGACGUGACCCACCGUGGUCGCUGGGGUCGGAUUAAGGGGACCGCAGACUGCUUGGACCACACCUUCCAGACCGACAGGGGUUUCUACCUGACGGUGCUGAAGCAGAGUGAAGAGGUGGCUCAGAUUCUGACCCCGGAGCUGGCCUCCACUACGGAGAUGUGCCUGCGCUUCUGGUACUGGUUGCCGGCAGGCUCCUCUGACAUCCUGUCGGUGCAUGUGCUGAGGAGUGGAGACCAGGGUCCUCCUCUGUGGGAGCGCUCUGGAGCGCCCUCUACUGGCUGGGAGGUGGCCGAGCUCACCGUGUCCUCCCCAAACAAGUUCCAGGUGGUGUUCAGAGCCAGGCACGCCCCAGACUCCAGCUCCACCGUGCGGCUGGACGACAUGUCCAUGAGGGCGGGGGCCUGUGCUGCGGUGGGCAGCUGUGACUUUGAGGCAGGGCAGUGCACCUGGGUCAGCCAGGCCCUGACAGGCGGGCACUCCUGGGUCCAGGCUGACGGAAGCUUCCGGGGCCCUCCCACUGACCACACCACUCAGACACCUGAAGGCCGGUUCCUACUGAGCCCAGCCCAGCCUCUGAACCCCACAAGUCGGGCUGUCGUGGUCUCAGAGUGGAUCCUGCAGACAGACCCGGCUACCUGUCUCACCUUCUGGUACCACAUGAACAACAGUGCCUCAGGUACCCUGCGUGUGUAUGUGCGCUCGGAGCCUCUAGGACAGGAGCUGCUAUUCGAGAGCAGAUCCAGUGGAUCCGGCUGGACGCAGUUCUCAGACUCAGUGAAGAAAAGUGCCCCCUUCCAGGUGCUGAUAGAAGCAGAGUCCACAGACAGAGGAUACAUCGCUGUGGAUGAUGUCUUCAUGUCACCUGGUUUUUGUCAAGGCAACGGAACGAGUGAAAGUUUCCCAGAAUGCACCUUUGAGAAUGGGACCUGUGGUUGGGAGGACACCAGUUUGGGCCAGUUUGCCUGGCAGAGGGGCAGGAAUGGGACUGCUAUCGGCAACACGGGCCCCUCCAUGGACCACACCCUGGGCACUAAUCUUGGCUGGUACAUGGUAGUGGAGGCGUCCAGAGGAGAGCAGAACAGCUUUGCGGCCUUGCAGAGUCCUGCAAUGAAACAGGCCGGCACUAACUGUCUCCUGGAGUUCUACUACCACAUGUUUGGCACAGGUAUCGGGGAGCUGAAGGUGUUCCUUAAGGAAGGUCCCAGGACCACGCCCCUCUGGUGGCUGUCAGGUGACCAGGGGGACGCCUGGGGUCGCGGCGAGGUCAUCGUGGGACGCACCCCUCAGGUCUUCACCGUCCUGUUUGAGGCGACCAGAACCUUUAGCCACCUGGGCGACAUUGCCAUCGACGACGUCACCUUUCUCAACUGUUCUCUUCCUGAACCCGUGGACGUGUGUCCAGAGAGCAUGUUCACCUGCUCCAACCGUGUGUGUGUGCCCCGGAGCAGAGUGUGUGACCUCAGCGAUGACUGUGGGGAUGGAUCUGAUGAGACUCGCUGUGAGCAGCAUGGUGUUCUGGAGCUCUGUAGCUUUGAGCAGGGUCUGUGCUCCUGGGGAGGCAGUGGUGUGGACACGCCAGGGGGGGAGUGGGGCCCCCAGAGGGGGGAGACUGCCUGGCCCCACCACGGGCCCCCCAGGGACCACACCCUGAACACGGCGGCAGGUCACUUUGUCAUCCCUGGGACACAUCUGACAGUGAUGGGGCAGACGUCAGAAGUCCUCUCCAACACUUUGCUGCCCAGCCCCAACUGCACCGUGAGAUUCUACUACUACAGCCAGGACGACGAGUCGGCCAGUCUGACUGUGAGAUCACGAGGGCAACAGAGCGGGCAUGAUGAUACUCUGCUCUGGGUCAGAAAUUCACCAAUGGCAGGCUUCAGCUGGCAAAGGGCAGAGGUCACCUUCUCCUCUUCAGAAAGUAGCAAGGUCGUGUUCCAGUAUCAGAGAGGAAGUGGUGAAAGAGGUCUGGUUGCCAUGGAUGACAUCUCCUUCUCCACUGAGUGCAUUGUUGAUCCUAACAACACCCCACUGCCUGAGUCUCCUACUCCUCCCCCCUCCUCUCCCUCACCUCAGACCACACCCACCAUCCCUCCCACCGGGCCCUGCUUGGCUGAGGACUUUUACUGCUGGCGGAGUCCAGGCGUGGAGUGCCUUCCUGCCAGAAACCAGUGUAACUUCAAACUAGACUGCCCCCUAGGGGAAGACGAGGAGGGCUGCGAUGUGUGUGACUUUGAGGAGGGCAUGUGUGACUGGUCACAGCUAAGUGACGAUAGCCAAGACUGGCUGCUAGGUUCUGGUUCCAUCCCCAGUCCUAACACUGGACCUGACUUAGACCACACAACUAACAGCCCCAGCGGGCACUACCUCUACCUGGCCUCCUCGGCCACUGGCCCGCACAGCCAGGUCGCCCGGAUUGCCUCCCCUCUCAUCCCUGCAGGUAAGGGGGGGUGUCUGCAGCUGUGGUACCACAUGUUUGGGAGAGGCGUGGGAACCCUGAACGUGUACCAGCGGUCCGAGGAGGGAAAGCAAGCUCUGCUGCUCUCCCACAAAGGGGACCAGGGCCAACUGUGGAGGUUCACCCAGGCUACGCUGCAGCUCCCUGGGGCAGAGUACAGGAUAGUGGUGGAGGGGGUGACAUUGGACGUCAGCAUGGGGACAGGGGAAAUGGCCUUCGAUGAUGUGCAGGUAACCAGCGCCCAGUGCCAGCCUCCUUGCCUGUGUGACUUCCAGAGCGGCCUGUGUGGCUGGAGCAACCUGGGGGGGGGUCUGGACCAGGGGGACUGGCUGAGGGGCCGAGGGGUCUACCCCAACACGGGCCCCCGCGUGGACCACACCUUCAACUCAACCUUGGGCUACUACCUGUACGCGAACGGUUCUGUGGGUGAGUGGGGAGAUAAAAUCAUGCUGUACAGUGAAGUACUCCAGCCCAUAACUGGGGGGCGCUGUGUCACAUUCUGGUACCACAUGCAUGGGCCUCACAUAGGAACCCUCAACCUGUACAGGAACAACAGGGAAGUACAUGCCACCGGAGACAGUACAGGGGUUAUGCUGUGGACGGAGUCUGGUAACCAGGGAGACGUCUGGCUUGAGGAAAAUGUGUUUGUGGAUCAAGAAGAGCCAUUCUGGUUUGUGUUUGUGCACCAGAGGGGACGAGAGGCUGUAGGGAAUGUGGCCCUGGAUGACAUCACCAUACAGCAGGGACCCUGUUGGUUCACUGAUCCUCCGGUCACUGACGAUUCUUUGGCAGUGAGUCUGGGAGUGCCUCUCACAGUGUUGGCAGUGGUGAUUCUUGUCUCGGUCCUCUAUGUUCUUCAGAGGAAACGCUCCAGCAGCGAACCGAAGCUCGUUGACAAUGAAGUGAUGAAUGAAGAGUCUGUUAUUGAUCUGCAUGUCAACAGAUUAUAUAACUCCAAUUUUGGAAGCGAAUCGGACAUAUAAUUCUUCAAACAACACUGCCUUCAAAUACACCUGUAAUUGGUAUAUAGAACACUCAAGAACAAGGAGUUCAGUAUGUGUAUUUGUAAAACAACUUAUUCAUCAUUUGAAUAAUGAUAUUGGGAAAUAAUGAUAUUCAUUAACAUAAUCAAGAGUAGUCAGUGAUAUAUUAGUGGGUUCUCUGUGAAGAAACAUAAUAUAUCUCUUUUGUAUCUUUGUA